AACUGAGAGAAAGCAGCGUUUCUGUGUAAAUGGACCGAGGCUAGCAGCUGCCCUUGUUUGCAGGUUGGUAGUUAUUUCGGGAUUUGUUUGGGUAUGGCGACUUAAAAUCACACUUUUUUUUCAAACUGUAGAUAUUGAACUGCCGACUGUGCGUGCUUUGUUUUGUGUCAGUACAGUUCCAAGUGCCGUUGCCAUCUCAACAGCUUAGUUUUGAUUCUGAACGUAACCUUCCUCAACAAGGCAGCAGCUAAUGUUAGCCUCGAUUUAACCUUACGUGGGCUAUUGAAAGUCACUUUUGACUUAUUUUUCACAAGCAUAAAGCCACUACAGCUGCGGGAAAUUAGUAAGCAAGACGCGAGCGAUAUGUCCGGAGCUAACAGAGGACAGGGAAGCGCGGCCACCGAGUAUCACAACCAAGAAAAUAUGCUGUCAAGACAGAGGGGCUCGCUGAAAGCCCGAGCUGCUGCAAACGAAAACCAAGAAAACCUUCCACCGAAACAAGUGGCCAACAGAACCGUCCUGGGAGCUCUACAGAACAACCAGCGGAGCAAAACCCAGAACCAGCGCGGCACAAAGCAGGAGUCAUCACAGCCCUUGUCUUGUAAAAAUGAAGAUUUUGGCAAAAGCUGCUAUGAGAAGCCCCCCACCAAGCAGCCAUCUUUCCAGAUCCAUGUGGAUGAGCCUGAUGGUGCCUGCACCAAGAAGCCACAGCAGGUGGUCGAAGCUGUCAAAGCAAAGUCCAUCGCUGACGACUCUCCGCUGACCAUUAACAAUGCUGUGGCACAGCUCAGACAGCCCCUCACCACCAUCGAUAUUCCAUCAGCGAUGGAUGUCAGCUUUGACUCUCCCAUGGACAUGUCUGUGGUUGAGGGGGAGGAGAAACCCAUCAAUGUAAACGAGGUCCCAGAUUAUGCUGCUGAAAUCCAUGCGUACCUGAGGGAAAUGGAGGUAAAAACCAGGCCUAAAGCAGGCUACAUGAAAAAGCAACCAGACAUCACCAAUAGUAUGAGGGCAAUCCUGGUGGACUGGCUGGUUGAGGUUGGAGAAGAGUACAAGCUCCAGACGGAGACGCUUUAUCUGGCCGUAAACUACAUUGAUCGCUUCCUCUCCUCAAUGUCUGUGUUGAGGGGGAAGCUUCAGCUUGUUGGGACUGCUGCUAUGCUGCUGGCUUCGAAGUUUGAAGAAAUCUACCCCCCUGAGGUGGCAGAGUUUGUUUACAUCACUGAUGACACCUACACCAAGAAGCAAGUGUUAAGAAUGGAGCAUCUGGUGCUUAAAGUGCUUUCCUUUGAUCUGGCCGCACCAACCAUCUACCAGUUUCUCACCCAGUACUUCCUCCAUCAGUCUGUUACCAAACAGGUGGAGAACUUGUCAAUGUACCUUGGGGAGCUCAGUCUGAUUGAAUCAGAUCCCUUCUUGAAGUACCUGCCAUCACAGACAGCUGCUGCAGCCUACAUUGUGGCAAACAACACAUUGACUGGUGGCUCAUGGCCUCAGUCCUUGGUGGAGAUGACUGGCUACUCCCUGGAAGAUCUGAUGCCUUGUGUUGAGGAUCUGCACAGAAUAUACCUUGGUGCUGCUCAGCAUGCCCAGCGGUCUGUCCAGGAAAAGUACAAGACCUCCAAGUACCUUGAAGUUUCUUGCAUCAAAGUGCCAACAAAAUUGCUGCUGAACUGACUCAUUCCCUUCUCCUUGUUGUCCAUGUAGAGUUGUACCCCCUGUCUUUAAUUUUUAAUUUUUUUUUUUUUUUUUUUUUUUUUUUUUUUUUUUUUUUUUUUUUUUAAAUGAUGUCUGCCACAGUUUCAAAUGAUACAGCCUGCUCUUCUUGGAGUAGAGCUAGUUUAGAGUUUUUAAAUGGUAUUUUUAUAUAUUCAAUCCUGAUUCAUAUCAGAUGCUACAGUUGGUUAAUCAAGCAGUUAAUGUUUUGACUUUUAAUCACAGACAAAAUGUAGAGGUCUCUGUCACCACUCUAUAAACUUGAUGCUUUGAUCUGCAGUGUCUCUUCAACUUCACUAUACCGGUAAAUGUACUCAGGCCCAGAAAACCUUAAUUUAGGCUUUUUUCCAUUUUCAGGGUUGAGUUUGUUCUAAGCGGUUACUGUUGUUAAGUACGCCUCAAGAGGUGCAAGCUAAAAUAUUUGGCCUCAUGAGAUGCAGAUUAAAGUGUUUUGUCUGUUAUGAUGGAGUCAGCUGUCUCAUUACAUUGGUGUCUGAAAGUUAACAGCUUUGAGGCAUCUUCUGCACUGUAAAAUAUGGCUCUUGUAAAUAAAAUUACAUUUAAAGUAA